GUUUUGUGGCAUCUUGACAUCUUCAGGAGAAGCUUUCGUCAGCUGACCACUCACAAGUGCAUGGAGGACUCAUGUAUCUUCUGUGCUCUAAAGAGCAUCUUUGCUCAGUUCCAGUUCAGCAGCGAGCAUGUUCUGCCGUCGGACGCACUGCGGAACGCUCUGGCCAAGACUUUCCAAGACAAACAGCGGUUUCAGCUGGGCAUCAUGGACGACGCUGCUGAAUGUUUUGAGAAUCUGCUGAUGCGUAUCCACUUCCACAUCAGCGCAGAGAGCAGGGAGGACAUCUGCACAGCCAAACACUGCAUCCCUCACCAGAAAUUUGCCAUGACUCUUUUUGAACAAUGUGUGUGCAGCAGCUGUGGAGCCUCAUCGGACCCCCUGCCCUUCAUUCAGAUGGUUCAUUACAUCUCAACCACGUCUCUCUGUAACCAGGCAGUGAGAAUGCUGGAGUGCAGAGAGAAACCAACGCCGGACAUGUUUGGAGAGCUGCUGCGCAAUGCCAGCAACAUGGGAGACCUUCGCAACUGCCCUAGUAACUGUGGGGAGGUUCUGCGUAUCCGCCGGGUGCUGAUGAACUCACCAGAAAUCGUGUCCAUCGGGCUGGUGUGGGACUCGGAUCAUUCUGACCUAGCAGAGGACGUCAUCCACAGCCUGGGAACAUGCUUGCGUCUGGGAGAUUUGUUUUACCGUGUUACAGAGGAAAGGGCUCGCCAGGCGGAGCUCUACUUGGUGGGCAUGGUGUGCUACUACGGCAAGCACUACUCCACCUUCUUCUUCCAGACCAAGAUACGCAAGUGGAUGUACUUUGACGACGCCCACGUCAAAGAGAUCGGCCCAAAGUGGAAGGACGUAGUGUCUCGCUGUAUUAAAGGCCACUACCAGCCCCUGUUGCUGCUCUACGCUGACCCCCGUGGGACGCCGGUGAUACUGCAGGAGAGCCCCAACCCUUGUACUGGCUCCAACCCGCAGCUGGAGCUCCAGCACUGCAGCAGCAAAGCUGGUUACGACAGUGAGGACUCAGGUCGGGAGCCAUCCAUAUCCAGCGACACUCGCACCGACUCUUCAACGGACAGCUCGAGCCACCGCACGUCCCGCAGCCGACCCUUGCACCAGUCCACGGGCAGCCGGCUCUCCAGUGAAUCCCAGACUACGGUGGUCUGUAGCCACGACACACCGCCACUUAGUGCUGACACUGGAGAGUCAGCAGUGGAGCCUCCAACCCGCCACCCCUCUCCUCCCCUGCAGGAGUACAAGGAGACGGCAGUCUUCCUCCUGUCUUCACGCAGGCCCCUCACCUCCUCCUCCUCGUCCUCCCGACCCCUCUCGUCUUCGUCUUCGUCUGGAGUCGGGGGCUGCGAGGGCGGGGCUGGGGGUCCCCACUGGGAGGAUGAAAGCACCAGCAGUGAGAGCAAGUCCAGUUCUUCUGGAAGCCGUUAUCGGCCAACCUGGAGGCCCAGGAGGGAGGCUCUGAACAUUGACAGUAUCUUCACCCGACAAAGAGACUCCUCUCUGGGCUACAGCACUGCACCAGGGUCCUCUCUUCUUCCUGAGCCCCAGCAGCCCCUCCCCUUUGUGGGACCACAAUCAGGACUGGAAAACGCAGAGGGAAGGGAGACCAGGGAGGCCGGGUUUGGGCUGGUUGGUCAGCCCAGGUUUUCCAGUGCAGGGCGGACUAUGGGUCCUCCUGUUCCUCCACCUCUGAGAGGGGUGGAGCACCAGCCACGUCUGAUCCAGAGAAUGGAGAGUGGCUACGAAAGCAGUGAGAGGAACAGCAGCAGCCCUGACAGGGAGGUGGGGCAACAAAAACGGGUGCUGAUGUCAGGACCGUCAUGGCGAUCGGUGCCCAAGUCGAAAAGCAGUGGUGCUAUCACACAGGAGCUGCCACACCCCUGCUGGGUAGGCGGCUGUGCCACAGGCGCUGGCCGCAGUGAGCUUGAUGAGCUGCAGGAGGAGGUUGCAAGGAGAGCCCGCCAGCAGGAGCAGCAAAAACGCAAGGAGGCUGAGCAGGAAGCAGCCAUGGGAUUCAACCCCAGACCCAGCAAGUUCAUGGAUCUGGACCAGCUGCAACACCAGGCUGUGCUAAGACCCCUGCAUGAGGCUAACGCUCAUAGUGGAUUGGCUGUAGCGGCGUGCAUGAGGAGCACUGGGGGCCCAAUCAAACGCAGGCAGGAACAGGAAAUGGAACAGGACGCGGGACGCGCCCAUCCACAGGGGCCUCGCAGUGAACAACCUGGCUCGGUCCAAGUACUGCUGACGCCCAAUCAGGAAGAGGAAGAAGACGAGUCGACGACCAACCGACACGCUGCUCAGGGUCAAAGCCCACCCCCACCUCCUCCACCUUACCACCCCUCUCUCCCUCGACCAACGCUCACCCUUAGUAUUAGUCACCCCUGCAGCCCGUCCAGUCAAAGGGAGGAGGAGGAGAAACGAGAUGAGGAGUGUGAGGAUGGAAGCGAGGGGAUGGGGGUAAGGCUAUGUGAGUUACUGCAGGCUGGGGGUGUGAGUGUCAGACCUCUAGGCAAGCACUUAGCCAUCUCUCUACCCUCACUUCCUCUUCGUCUCUGGGAUACACACACCUCACACUCUGCGCACAACCCGCCACCGCCCUGUUCUCCUCCCCCAUCAACCCCUCCAGAAUAUUACGGGCAAAGGAAACACCUCACGCCGCUCUGGCAGCCGCCACGACCACAUUCUCCCGAUAAUAGGUCUCCCCAUUGGCAACAGCACGCAGUCCUUGCAGACGGAAGCACCCGUCACUGGUCCUCUUGGAGUCUGGACUGCCCGGAUGCUGUGGUAACGCCAUAUGACACACCCCCGGACCGCUGCUUUCCCAUCAGACCACAGAAUCUCGGUCAGAGCUGCAGCUACAGUUCUCAGUCUUCUCCAGGGCACUACAGCUCCCAGCAUACCCCGGUGCAGCAGGGUGAUGUCUGCUGUGAACGUGAAGAGACUGAGCUGUCCGAGCUGGACUCCCUUUAUCAGGCCAGUCUGCAGGCUGGGAGAACAGGCUGCAGCCCAUCUGAAAGGCUGAUAUCCAGGAUGGGAGUUCAGACGCGCUCCAAGACCCCCAGCGCAGACAUGGAGAGGAGCGCGUAUGGGGCGCACAGCACCAGCAGCCCCACCUACCUCAACAAGCCAGUGACGCUGCGGGUGGAGCCUGAUGAUGGGGAGAACCAGAGGCGAAUUGGACGCAGCCUGAGCGGCACAGUGGUGACCUCCCGCCGCAGCCGCCUCACUGCAACCCGCAGCUUUGAGCUGUCGGGUGGUGCUGGAAGUUUCUGGCUGUGUCUGACAGGAGUCAAGCUGUCCUCGGACCAGAGCCCUGCUCUGUUUCAUUGAUAUCCCACCCCUGCCCUCCUCUGUAACCUCCCCACGGGACGGCGGUGCUGCGGUCCCUGGCUGUGUCACCUCGAGGGACCCAGGAACCAGUCAAGGUCUCUUCUUGACAGCCAUCCUGCUCCAGCACCUUCUCCUUCAAAAUCUUGUACACAAACACAUGCACGCACAUAUCUGCACUGACGUCGAGCCUCCGUCCGCGCCUGAAGCACCCUGCUUUAGCCCCUACUUGCCUUCCCUUCCUACUUAUUCUGUCUAUGCAGUCACUCUGACCCCUUAAACUAUAACCUCCCUUUCUUUCCUGGGACUGUUUCUCGUCUCCCUUUGGGUUUUUUGGGAGGAUUCCCUGUGCAGGCGGCCGGAUCCAAAUGGGACUGGAGCUGUCUGCAUACUUGUCCCCCACCCCAACAGGACCGUCAGCUCGACGGGAGACUAUAACCAAGUAGCUACUUCCUCUUUCUUCAUGGGCAUUUUCCCGUUGGACGCACAUGUAGCUGAACUGACAGCCAUAUUUUUCUCUCUUUUUCUUUCCUUUAGUUUGUUCUUUCUGUUUUCCUUCCUGGAACUGAACUCUGACAACUAAGCGUGUACAGAAAAACAUGCAUGAAACCUGUAUGUUAAUUAAUAAGACCUUAUGGAAUGUUGAUAAUUAACAAGUAUUGAUAAACUAAAAGUGGUACUUCCUUAUGUCUGCAUUUCAAAUAGCAGUGGAGUGCACUUUACAAGUGUCUAGCUGGAGUUUCCGCCCCAAAUACCCCUCUAUCCCCACCCCUAAAAAAAAAAAAACAACUGCUUGCUGACCUAAUGACAGCUCUCCCGCUUCUACUGGGAGAUUUAACGAGAAAAGCGCUUCCUGUUACUUUUUUCCUUUCUUUUACUUGCUUUUCUUUGUUCUGAAAGGGAAGCAUAAGCAUCACAACCAGGUCAGCAGGAAGAGGGUCUAGAAGUAAAAGAGAGGGAGGAAUUUAGGUUAGGAAACCCGCCUCUUACGGGCUACUUUAUCAAUGAACACGGAUGACUCAAGUGCACUUUGAAAGGAAAAAGUGCACUUUUUAGGGAAGGUUUUUGAGUGAGAGAGGUCCUUUUGGUUUUGUUUUACUCCAAGGCCUCAGGUGAACUUCAGUGGCACUUAUAAAUUCCCACUUUUAUGAUAUGUGACGCUGGUUCGGAGACCCAGAUGGGAGCAAAAACGGCACAUCUUCAGCCUGAUACGGUUAUGUGUCUAACAAAAAUAUGCUUUAUAUGAUGUAUUAGAGGUAUAUUUUCAGCCAGUGAGCUAUCUUAAGAGAUGUCAAGCAUUACUCUGUGGUGUAAACAUGAAAUCAUUCCCAUAAAAAAAUGAGCUGUAUAUACAUAUCUCUAUAUAUAGAUAAAUAUA